CAGCAUAAGUGUCAAAACAAACAAAAACAAUGUGAUUAUGUACAUCGGUCACUUCAAAAGUUGAUGUGUGCUAUUAUUAUCUUGAUUGAAAUACGAUUAUUAAUACCGUUUCCGCGAUGUCUGAAGAUGCAGUUGAUUUGAUUCUAGCCGAAACACUGAGCCAACAGGAUGCAGCUUUCCCAAACUCCACUAUAACUCCUCAUAGAUUUGUUCCGGGACGCUUUGAGGGAGUUUUCGUUAAUGGUAGUUUGAAACACAGCACUCCCACAGACGACUUCUACGAUGAAAGUAUUAUGGAUCCACUGGCAGAAAGGCAGUUUAACCAUAGUAAAGAAGGGUGUAACCGUACAAUCACAGUUCAACAGGACUAUUCGCAAAAUAAUUUUCAAAUAUCUACAAGACCAAACUUCAGGAACAAUCGGUUAUCACUCAAUUACUCACACGGCCUCAGCAACACUUUUGUUCCAAAUGCCGCUUUACAUGAUCAUCCAUCAAAUGAAGAAAAGAUCCGUAACAAAGUAGAUGGCUACCACCAAGAAAGUCUGCAAAGCCAAUUCCGAGGACCUUGGACAAACCUCACGAAUACAGGUGGCAAUCGUGUCGUUCUGGAAGAUAUAUCGAAUUGUUCCACAAUCUACACACGAAGACGAAUUGAUUCAAUUAGAGCUAGCAUUGAUUCAUUCACCAGCCGGCAAUGGGACGAAAAUUUGUUGUUUCAACGCAUCCUGACAUCUACCCCAUUUGCUUUGAAUCUUUCGUUGGACCAAAAUCCAACACCAUUGAAUUGGGUGAUUGAUAAAUCAUCCAUAGCCGAUUCGAAAGGUCCGAGCCGAUUUCCAGCAGUGCUUGAUUUGCGAAAAAAGAAUAUUGAGACGAGUGAAGAUCAGCCUUUGGUUUCAUCGCAACCCACGAAAAUAAUCCAUGGGCGUUUUGAGCCAUAUGCCACGAUCAGUUUUCGUUUAAUAAAUGAUAAAGUUACUGCUCUAGCUGAUCCCCCGACUGGUUCAUCGUUUAUUGCAGUAGAUUUGGAUCGAAAUUGGAGUAAUGUCACAUAUGAAGUAGAUUAUACGAAUGAUGCCAACGACCCGGACUGGAUACCUGAUGGCGAUGCAACAAAAUUAGAUAAUUUAACUAUUUAUGAAUAUUUUGAAGAAUUUAAGAAUAAUGUAUCUGAUGCUGACACGGAUGCGGAAAAUGAAGAAACAGAGCAGGAUUACGGAGAAGAUAACGGAGAAUUUGAACAUGAUAACGAAGGUGAAGAUAAAGUGAUAGAGCCAGAAGUAGAUGGAGAACCGCAGCCGAAAAAAGUAAAUCUAAAAUGCGGGCGGAGAAUCAAAGCCGAAAAGUAAGAGGACGUCAACACGAAACAGGAAAAGGAAUUAUUGUCCCAGCAAGACGUGUGAAAAGACCUUGUCAUUGCAGAAUGCGAUGCUACGAAAAAUUUUCAGAACCUGUCCGAAAGCAGUUACUUAGUAAUCUUCUCAAACUGACUUCAUCCGGUCAGCAUCAAUUCAUAUCAAGUCACAUGACCAUUAUCAGGACAGUAAGACCGAAGGUAAAUAAACACACCAAUUUUACGCUUUUGACUACAUUAUAAAACUAAACGUAAUCCUUGAGUAGAUUUAGAUACAAUGGUAUCAAUAAAUUUAAUGGUAAACAUUAAUGUUAAUCAGAUUAGAAAUAAUAAUUAGUAAAAGGGUGUAAGUGCCCUAAUCGAUUCUCUCUUCAUCGACUUUGUCUUGGAUCAGUCAGAUGCAAAAACCUUCCAAUUUGAGUUUGACCGAUAGAUGAUAGAUGGUCCUGAUCUUUUGACAAAUACAGCUGGAACUGUGUUUGAACUGAUAAACAAAAACAAAGUCAAUGAAGAAACAAUCGAUCAAGUUACUUACAUCCCUUUCACUCUAAGUUAGCGUUAAAAUGUUAUCACUACGUUCCUUCUGGAAUACAAUGAUACAAAUUCAGAAUGUAUUUUCUUAUGGGAUUGAAAAAACCUCAUUUGUUUUGUCUUCUUUCUUUCUGUAGAAGCUAUCAACUAAUACUCUCAUUCGUGUUUUCACACUUUUCAUAAAUUAAUUAUUUAUAAAGUCUUCUUAUUAUAUCGUUUACAUAGGUUUUAAUUUCAAGCCGCGCUCGAAAGAGGAUUUACAAUUUACCUGGUGUGGGAGGUCCAGUUAAAGUUUGUAAACAAAUGUUUCGGACAACACUUGAUCUUACAGAUCGUAAACUACGCACGUUUGCUCAUAAGCUCGUUUUGGACAGUGGUAUUGCAAGAGAUGAUAUGAGAAUGAAUAAUCAAUCGAGUAGAAAAGUAACUGUUGAACAUGCCAGUUAUAUCAAAAACCACAUCAGAUCAUUCCCAUCAGAAGAAAGCCAUUAUGGUCGAGAGAAAUCAUCCUGCUUGUACCUAUCGUCUGACUUGGAUAUACGUCGAAUGUACCAACUUUAUCAAAAUCAAUGUGAUAUGGAUAAUCUAAUACCAGUACAUUAUAAUACCUAUAGACUUGCUUUCAACUCGAUGAACUUAAAAUUCAGAAAACCCAGAAUCGACACCUGUAACACUUGCGACACGUUCGACGUAGAAUUACGAAUAGAAAAAUAUGAAACAGAACGAAACGAAAUUAUUGCUCGUAAGAAAGCACACCAUGAUGAAGCUAACAGUGUGUACCAUGAGAAGCGACAGGAUCGAGCACGAGCGGAUGAAGAUGCAUCUGUAAGAACAAUAUCGUUCGAUUUGCAAAAACAACUAGCCACACCCUACCUGACAUGUGACCGAUCGUUUUACAGCCGUCAGCUGUAUACCUAUAAUCUCACAAUAUUUGAGACACAGGUAGAUAUAAAUGUACCCACUUGCUACAUGUGGGACGAGACGAGAGCUAAACGAGGCUCCCGUGAAAUAGGAUCAUGUUUGUGGUCCUAUUUGAAAAGUCUUCCAGCUUAUGUACAAGAAGUUAAUAUGUAUAGUGAUAGCUGCGCUGGACAGAACAAUAAUCGGAUUGUUCUUUUUUAUUAUGGCAUACUUUGUUGAAAUUAUGGCUUCUGAAGGCCGAAAGUUCAUUUUACGACACAAAUUUAUGACUAGCGGGCAUAGUCAUAUGGAAUGUGACACGAUUCAUUCAGCAAUCGAACGAGCGAAAAGAAGGACAACAAUCAACAUUGAAACUCCACACGAUUGGAGUAUUUUAAUUGCAUCGAUAAAGCGAACCAAUCCAAUCAUAGUAAAAGAAAUGGAACAACAAUGUUUUUUGAAUUGGCUUGUUUUGAACGAAAGGUACACCAUACCUAAAUGCAGCACGGUCAAUGAACCGUUCAAAUUCAAGACAGCCAAAGUAUUUUCUUGCUCUACAGAGAUGCCUGGAACAGUGAUGUUUAAAACCAAUGUGACCGACCCCACUCCCAAAUAUAUCAAACUAUUAACCCCAAAAUCCACUUCACUUGAAAGCUUGAGAUUGGAGCCAAUACUAACAGCUCCAAUCCAACUACCAACUGCCAAGAUAGAAGAUCUUCGGAAACUCCUACCAUACGUUACACAAAAAUGGUAUUACGAGGCUUUUCUUAAGACUUUAGUACCUCCCGGUUGAGGAAGAAAGAAGAAGGUUAUGGAAAAAGGUGGUUUUGAUUCGGAUAUGGACUCUCAGAAUGAGGAAGAUUGAGUUUUAUAAUCAUCAAUCACGAACCAUUUUAAUAAACCGAUAAAUAAAUAAAUAUACUAUAAUUUUCUUAAUUUAUUAUUAACCGAUGCUUUCAACACGUGUUUGGUAUUUUUGUCUAUGAAUGAACGAUUUUUUAAAAAUUUUUGUUGAACGUAAUUUUGUUAAAGUAAGUAUGAUAUGGCUUUCAAACCGCCUGAAGGUGGGAAGUUUGUUUCAAUGUUUUUUGACGUAGGACUACGUCUUUCAUUUCUAUACCGGGGUGUAAAAUCAAAGUUUCGAAAACGAAAGCGUUACGCCGGAGACCGAGAUUUUGAGUGUUAAUAGCUCCUAAACAACUGAACGAAAUGGUAUGAUAAACACUUCAUUCGAAAGAUAAAAUGUCUACGCGUUCUAUACUUGUUACUUUCUGAUCCAAAAACUUGUUUCAAUAGUCUUAAAUUUGCUUUCAAAAUAGGCUAUUGAAAUCACCAAUCGGUAUAUAAGCGAGCGCCGCUCGGAAAUCCACUCAGUUCUAAUUGAACAGUGAUUGGAGCAUGUUGUCGUUGUUGUGGUGAAGCUCUUCAUUUAUCAUGAAAGCGCGGAUGAACGGUGUCACCAAGAGCCUGUUUGUGCACCUUAGGCCAGAAGGGAAUCCAUCAGGAGGAGAGUGAUGCUACAAACGGUUCCCCGGGAAGAUCUCGAAGCAGCCGCUACACACACACACACACACAUACACGCACGGAAUUCUUUCCGUUUGGAUCGAGAAGAUCCGGAAAAUAAGCUGCCAGUUCCUAUAGGAAUUUAAGAAUACAUUCAUGUGAAAGAAUUUAUUUGAAUGUUUUCUAUCCAUGUAACACUGUGACCAAAUAUGUUUCAAUCAAGUGCUAUUAACAGAUGGUUAUCGAGUUAGCAUUAACCACUGGUGGGCUUCCAGUAUCGAGGAAAAUGUGGAAAUAUCUAAUCGUUACUGAAAAUAAUCUGCCAGCUCCUCUGGGAAUUUAAAAUUACAUUCAUAUGAAAGAGUUUAUUUUAAUGUUUUCUAUCCAUGUAACACUGUGACCAAAUACAUUAGGUUUUGUGAUUUUUCAAUCAAUCGCAAUCAACAGGAUAGCUUCUGAAGAUUAUUCUUCCCCAUCAGUAGGAUAUUUCCGUAUCCAAUAUUGGAUGCAUAAAACCUUGUGCCUCCAACGUAACGCUCUCCUUUUCGAAGUUCUCCAAAUAUUCAUUCAUUCAGAAUGAAUUCAGAUUCAACUUCAUACAAAUGAUCUCUAAAUCAACGAUAGUCCUACGUCACCCUUGCGGUUAUACCAUAGAUAUAACCCUCUUCCUGUUUUUUGUUGACAUACAUAAAGGAUUUGCAACACAUUUUUGUUGUUACUGCGCGUUGAAGGAAAUAUCCUACUUCCUCAACCCUGUCUCACUUACGCCACCAUGUCCACUAUCCAUUUCUCACGUACAUGUAUCAUUUUUCAAAAAAUGCCUUAAUUUAAUGAAUAUCUUAACUACUUUUCAUUCGCUCAUUCCUACGUUUGCCCUUCUUCAAAACGAUUGAAGAUCGAAGCUGCCAUUGAAGUGUUCAAACUCUUACUCACGACGAGAAUACUUGCGAGCAUUCCACUGUUGCUGGAAGCAUAACUGUCCGCCAGUUCAUCUCUUCAAAAUUUAGCAAAAAAUGGACGCAGGCGAUGCUAAGAAAUGGAGUUGUUGGUCCAUAAUUCGGUCAACGUAUAAUCAAUCACAAGCUCUUUUAGAAACUCGCGCUGGCUCAUCCUCCAAUUCCGGUGGCAGAAAAGACGACGUCGUCUCAAUCGUUUUUUGCUCUCAGUAUUACUGUUUAUGUACAAAAAAAAAACUUUUAAACACAAUCAUUGAAUUAUACUUAAGGCACUUACCAGUAAGACAAAAAUUUAACAUAAAGACGUUAUGAAUAAUAUAGAAGUAAUUAAAAAAAGAAUCAUUAAGUGAUGCAAGCAAGUGAUGAGAAUCGGAACAACAAAUCGACCAAUGUACAGAUGUGUUUUGUUUUGAUAUAUUUUUGACACUUUGGACUAUAGUUUUGGUUGUCAAGGUCAAGCGUCUGAUUAAAACAGUGAAACACUCAUAAUAAGAAAUCAUUUGUAUGACGUCAUGUUUGGUUGGAUAAAAUGUUCCAAAUGCAAGCUAAACUAUGCUGAAAUGCUCCGUUCCAAUCGUGUAAAAAUAGAAAAAGUUAAAUGACCAAUGUACAACUUGAUUAAUCAAAAUGUCCUAUGUGAUAUUUUUCAUGUUUUAAUCGUAUUUUCAAUGCAUAUUGUGUAUAUAGCUUGAAUUAUAGAAAUAUAUAAAAUAAAUGAUUCUCACUUAUACAGACCGCAGAAUGUAAAAAAAAUAAUUGUGUUUGAAACAAAUUCAAAAAACAAUUUGAAAACUUUGCCUUCGUUUUUCUCGAGAUGAGUGAUUUGUUACUUAGGACCUUUUCAAAAGUUACGCGAGAGUUAAAGAAAAUUAUGGGUUUUCUGGUGGAAUUGAACCUUUUCAAAUAGAAAUUAUGAAUAAAAAUCAGCUUUUCCGUAUCAAAUUAGUGUUCAAUGUGAAUUAAAAACUUUGCUUUCUUCAUUUGGUAAAAUAAUCUCGUACAAAAAUUGUAUCUGAAGAUAACUUUAUAUUAUAAUGAUAAGUUUUAGUGAGAAUAUCGGAAAGUGUAUAGAAAAUAGUUCAAGUUACGGUAAGAAAGACGUGCUUCGUAAAUAAACAACGCCAAGUAAAAAUUAUAUUCAGAUUUUAACAAUUUAAAAGUGUCUUCGGGCCGAGUAUUUAGACUUGUUAAAAACUAAUUUCGUAUCCAGAUGUCGACACCGUAUCGUUGUCAUCGCGGAUACAAUUCAUUUCGUUUUCACCGUGAAGUGUAUACAGGAAUAAGGCUUCAUAAUUGAACUUUGAUAUCGUUCAAAUACUAACAGUACUGAAAUAUUGAUAAAAAAUACAUUUCCAAAAUAUAACAUAGCGUUU